UCUCUCUCUCGCUCUAUCACGCUUUAUUAUCUGUCUCUUUCGGCUGCGCGCGCCAACUAUUACGUCGCAGUGGCGGCGAUUCGCGGACUCUCCUCGCACUGCUCUCUCAGUCUCUCGCUCUCCUCGCCGCGGGCAGCGCGAGCACACGACGACGAUACCGCACCGUCCGGGAACGGACCGAGGAGUAGUUUCACAGUAGUGCAAGUCGCGGGGAGAGGAGAAAGUGAGCGAACGAGAGUGCAGUAAAGCAGCGCAUUUCAUUUCACGACCGAGACGAACCUGUUUUUUUCCUUCGGCGAGCAAGUGCACCUGCGGAAGGUACGUGUGCGGUCGCGCCACGAGGAGCACGCAGCUGGACGCAGAUAGCAUCGUGUAGGCCAGCAGUGCUGAGCUCAAGAGGCUGUAAAUCUGGAGUCUGAAGAGCUGCAUCUCUCAGGAUGAAUGCAGAUGACUACGAGAGCCUGCCGACCCAGUCGGUGGGUGUACACAUGAUGGCUGGAGCCUGUGCCGGAGUUAUGGAGCACUGUGUCAUGUACUCAGUCGAUAGCGUUAAGACGAGAAGACAGAUGCUUACACCUGGACCAGGAGGAGGUGGAGGAAUAUUAACAGAACUUAGUAACAUGAUAAGACAAGAAGGCGUAUUCAGGCCUUUCAGAGGUAUUAGUGCAAUGGUUGUUGGGGCUGGUCCAGCUCAUGCACUCUACUUUUCAUGUUAUGAAUAUCUCAAAGAACAAAUGAUGAGUACAACGGUAUUUUCACACAACCAUCACCUUGUAUAUGCUUAUGCAGGAGUCGUAUCAACAGUCCUUCAUGAUGGUGUGAUGAACCCAGCUGAAGUGGUUAAACAGCGUAUGCAAAUGGCCAAUUCGCCAUACAGGACCGUGCUUAGCUGUAUCCGGCGUAUAUACGCGACAGAAGGCAUAACUGCGUUUUACAGAAGUUACCGAACGACACUGCUGAUGAACGUGCCUUUCCAGAGCAUUCACUUUGUCACUUAUGAAUUUACACAGUCAAUCACAAAUCCACACCGCACCUAUGAUCCAACGGCACACGUAGUUUCUGGUGCGAUGGCAGGUGCAGUGGCGGCCACGGUUUCAAUGCCGCUCGACGUUUGCAAAACGUUACUGAACACACAGACUGGUGAAGUUCGCGCAACCGGCAUGGUGCACGCCCUUGGAUUGGUUUACAGGUAUUGGGGAUUUCCCGGCUAUUUCCGCGGCCUAAGCGCUCGAAUCGUUUAUCAAAUGCCAGCAACUGCCAUUUGUUGGUCAACGUAUGAAUUUUUCAAAUACCUGCUAAGGGACAACACAAAACUAGCGGUAGAAGCCAUAGAUAACGAGCCAUGCGGAGUCGUACAGAAUCAGCGAAAUAUCGCAAGCAAUCCCAGUAAUAUGAGUAACAAUGCUGGUAGUGGUAGCUUUCAAGGAGCAGGUCUCUACUUUAACAACAAACCCUCAACACCUGUCUUGUUCGAUGUAACAAGAAGUUAAAACAACGAUGUCAACGACGUGUGUGUACAUAUAAUGAUCGCCUCUCGAGUGCUGCUAUUAUAUUAUUCGAUUCAACUCAACCCACAGAUAAGCUAGAACGAGCAAGAGCGAAAGGUACUGUUCUCUGUAUCUAAUUUAACAAAAAUGAGAGAGAUGAAAGAUUUAAAGAAAUAAUAAACGCGUGAAGUCUUGGAGUGUAAUUUUUCUUUUUGAUGCAUAAAGACUCUUUGGUUGAUAGAUUUCGAUACUCAAUGACUUUCUGUAUGUUUUCUUUUUUUUAACAAAAAUAUUCCUGCAUAAGAUAAUUGUUUGAAAAAGAAAAUGUUGGACUGUAAUUUUUGAAAAUAGCGAAAUACGUAAUGUUUAAGGAUUGAUCGUUACAAAAUUAGCACAGUAAAAUAGAAGCGCGAACGAAUAUUUGUUAUGUAAUACCGAAAUAAUAAUUAACUCGACUCGCCAGAUACGCGAAUGACUUUAACAUUAGCCGGAAUGGAAUUCAGAAAUAAAUUUUUUGUUUUACGCUGUGACACGCUGAGAUUGUUAGGCUGGUUAUUGUCAGCAGUGUUUAAAAUAACACUAACAAAUAUUUAUUAAAAAAGAAAAAGUAUAACAUUGAUAAACAAAAUUAUUUCUAGAAGCUGUUUAGAACUAAACAAAUAUAUGGACUCAAUACAAUAAAAAAAUAUUAAUAGCCUAUAUUUGGACUAGAAAGUAAUACGAUAUCAAAACCAAAAUGAUAAUUGUUAUUAAAUUUUAUCCGGUGUAAAUUGCUUUGUAAAUGCGAAGACUUGUUAUAAAGUCGUCUACAUCACUUAUAAUGUAGGCUCAAGAUAAAACAAAGCUACAUUGUACAGUUAUGAAAUGGUAACAAUAAUUAGAACGUAAAUUGCGAAACUCGUAAAUGUUAUACAUAAGUAUAAAAAAAAUUUAUUGUUUUUAAGUAAAAAUGAAGGCUUUCAUUUCAAUUAGUUGAUUAGUUAAUAACUUUGAUCAGGACACUUUUUAUCUGUAUACAAAAUUAUAGUCGUUUGGUAUAACAAAUUCUGUAUAAAUCUUGAGGUUGUUUUUACAGUAUUUUGCAAAAUAUUUAUUAGAUUCCAAACAAUUACACGUGAUUCGGCAAAUGUCGGGGCUCAACGGCUUAACACAUACUGAUCGAAAUUGCUUUACUGUAUUCUAAAAAUUAUAUGAUUUAUUGAAUAUAUAAUAACCAACCGGGAAAACCUGUUUAAAAAAAUGUCUCUUCCUACACAAUCUAUGUUUUUUAGUAUAUAGUAGAGCGGAUUAAAAAUUACCGUACACAUACGCACUUAUACAUAUACGUAAUAUAUUUAUGAAAAAAAUACCAUAUUCUUAUUACUUAUUAAAAAUAGAUCGCAUUGAGUUGAGCUGAUUUAUAGCUCAAAGGCAUUUAAGGUGCUCUUGAUUAUCUCAUUUGGACUCUUCGUUUUCUAUUUGUUAAGUGAAAAAAUACGAAAGAAUAUUUAAAACGAGGUAUUAGAGCCGACUUCGACAAACUAUAAUGAUAGAAGCCAAUCCAUGUAAGAACUCUGUAAAAUAAGCUUAAUCCAGUUUAAGUUUAACAGUGGGACGCAUGCCAGAACGUCAUAAUUAAUUUGAGAAAGUUUAAGCGCAUAUUUUAAAACUUUUGUUACAAAGAAAAAUGUUAUAUGCUACGUUAAUGUCAUUUUAAACUUGUUAAAUUUUUUUUCUAGUAAUAAGUGUCUUUUGUUACUGAAAAAAUGCACGUGUUUCAAUAGUGCGUGAGAAAACCAGAUUGGUGUUGUUACAAAAUGUUUUUUUCCGUUAUUUUCUUGGAACUAUAUCUUUUAUACAAAUACUGAAAAUGAAAAAAUAGCUGUGAUUUAAAAACUUGAAAAAAUCGAUUAUUUUUGUAAAAUGAAAGAAACUUAUAUUUAACGUGAAAUAUUAUGCAAAAGUAAUAAAAGGCACUUUGCAUUAGAGUUCUUAUAUAGCUCUACAUCGACAUUUUUUUUAAUAUGCAUCGAUUUAUAACGUUAUAUAUUUCACUGUAUUCCACAGUAUUGCUUCCUAUGGCUGUGAUUACUGAGUCAAACACAUAUGAUGUUGACUUUAAGAGGGAGUAAUAUCAUGUGAAAACUCUUUCGUUCACGCCAUAAACACUUUGAACGUCAUUAGACUCCAUUUCCAUUCGAUCAUGUCUUAAAUGCUGGCCAUUCUCCUUUUGUCAAGGUUGAUGAUACAUUACUGAAGAUGAAGUAUAUUUAUCUAUACUCCUUCCAGGCGUUCUGCAAAAAAUUACAUAUGACUUUACAUAACCACCAACUAGUUGAUAGUAAACAUACCAACAUUUUUAUAUGGAUAAAUUAAACGAUUUAAAAUAUAUCAGAAAACGAAUAAAUUUAUUGGUUUAAGUCUUAAAAAUGUUGGUUUAAAAGAAUGUAAAGAUAAUUUUUUCAAGGAAUGGAAAGUAUGUGGUUAUCUUUUGUGUGAUUUUUUGUCUUGGAAGAUAUUGAUUUUGACAACGUUGUCACUCGCCUUACAUGGAGGGAUCCUUAGGCUAUCAACUUACUUAUGAAUCAAAAGAAAAAAGUUGAAGUCACGAAAGUCUAAUAUGCAUGUAUGUACAUAUAAGAUUCAUGCUCCCACUUAAUUACUGUCUUAUUAUUACAAUAUGUAUUAAAGUCACACUGAGCAGAAAAAUAACGUAGCGCAACGUAUGAAAUGUAAGAAUAAUGUAAAUAAAAUAGUCGUACGAAGUACAAAAAAUUACAAAUUAA